AUGGACUACGCAAUGGAGGAUACUCAGAACGCUGCGCAUCAAGCUCACGAGGCAUCCAAGCUGGGUGCUUCUGCUCCUCGAGGCGACACUCAGAGCGUUACUAAACGGCUGCAAUCAGAAUUGAUGCAACUCAUGCUCUCGCCCUCACCCGGUAUCUCCGCCUUCCCCAACGCUGACGGCAACCUUCUUUCAUGGACAGCCACGAUCGACGGACCAGCAGACACCCCAUAUGAGAAUCUGGUCUUUAAACUUUCGUUCGCUUUCCCCAAUAAUUAUCCUUAUGCCCCACCAACGGUGCUUUUCAAAACUCCCAUCUACCACCCCAAUGUCGACUUUUCGGGCCGGAUCUGCUUGGAUAUCUUGAAGGAUCAGUGGAGUGCGGUGUAUAACGUGCAGAAUGUUCUACUUAGUCUGCAGAGCUUACUUGGCGAGCCUAAUAACUCCAGUCCAUUGAACGGCCAGGCCGCGGAGCUAUGGGACAGCAAUCCAGAAGAGUUCAAGCGCCAUGUCCUCGCUAGACAUCGUGACAUUGAAGACGACGAAUAA